UUCUGACUGUACAGGAAGGAUUUGACAGGGCGCGACCCUCUCACGAACAGAAACUGUUUCAGCGAGAGAGCGAUCUGCGAAUAUUGUAUACGUACCGGUCAAGAAAAGGACUGUACGGGAAUCCUCUUCGUGAUUACAUAGCCUUAAUUGACUACGGGUACUAAUAAUUACGCCGGCACUUUGGUUUAAUUAUAAAUUGCUGACAAUUUGUUUUCACGCGUCCAGUGCUCUUAAAAUCAGAUUCUGACAGGUAAUCGCGGUUAAUCUGUGUUUGCAGAGGAACACCGAACUCCAAAGGAGGGGAGGGGAAGUAAUUGGGCUGGCUAAUAUCCGGAGAAUGGGUGUACAUUUGUCUUCCAGUUCUGAAUGGAAGAAUGACUGUUUUAUCACCAGAGCUGGGCAGUAGCUGUCAGCUAUGCGUCGUUAAGGUGAGAUCGGAAGGACUGAGGUGGAGAUACUGACUGAGGUGGAGAUACUGGCUGAGGCAGCGAGUCAGUUCCACUUGCGCUUCCUGCCCCAGGGUCGGGAGCAGCAGUCACUCGCUGCGACUAUGCCGCGGUCUGGUUAUUCAGUGAUUCCACUCAGCUGCGCCUCCCGACCGGAGUAACGGCAGGGACCAGACGGCGAAGCCGCACCUUUCUGCACUCUGGAUGGAUACGGACAACAUGUUCUCCAGCAGCAACAACGCUUCCCGGGGAAACGCCAGCUCGGAUACCUUCCAGGUCGGAGCAGAGGCGGUGGUAGUGCCCAUUGUCUUUGGCUUGAUAUUCUUUCUCGGCGUUGUUGGGAACACCCUAGUGUUGAUCGUCCUGGGACGGACCAAAUCGAGGAGUUCGGAGAGUACAACCAACACCUUCAUCCUGAAUCUCAGUGUUGCCAGCCUCUCCUUCCUGGUGUUCUGUGUGCCCUUCGAAGCCACGAUUUACUCGCUCCCCGAGUGGGUAUUUGGCGCCUUCCUUUGCAAGACGGUGCACUAUUUUAAGACGGCGACCAUGCUGGUGAGCAUCUUCACCAUGGUGGCCAUGUCGGUGGACAGGUAUAUCGCUGUGGUGCACUGCAAGCGACGGCCGCGCAUCCGGAACAGGAGGAACGCCUCGGCGGGAGUGGCGCUGAUUUGGCUGCUUUCGCUGCUGGUUGCAGCGCCCGUGGCUCAGCACCAGAAUCUGUAUUCGGAAUAUUCGGAAGCCCCGAACAAAUCCUUCUGCUGGGGAAUAUGGCACAACAAAAUCCAGCAGCAGGUCUACAGCGUGGGCAUCCUGAUCAUCGGGUACCUGCUGCCUUUGCUGCUAAUCUGCUUCUGCUAUGCUAAGAUCUUGUUUCAUCUCCAUAAGAAGAUGAAGAACAUGUCGAAGAAAUCAAAGCGAUCCAAGAAAAAGACUGCCCAGAUGGUCAUGCUAGUUGUUGCUGUAUUUCUUCUUUCCUGGUUGCCUGACCACAUCAUAACCAUGUGUGUACAAUUUGGAAGUUUCCCUCUAACCGAUGCAUCGUUAGCAUUCAGAAUUUUCUCCCACUGCAUGGUGUAUGGGUAUUCCUGUGUGAACCCCAUAAUAUAUGCGUUCCUUUCAGAAAAUUUUCAGAAAUCCUGCCAUCAGGUCUUUGUGUGCAAUUUCCUUUUCCCACGUGCCAUUGAGAAAAAAGUUGUGAGGAUUCGCAUGGAAAACUUUUCUGCAAACGAUUCAAAAGCACACGCUUGAAAGCAUUGCCUUCAGACCUGAAUGUUGGCUAAGUUCACAGCUUGUAGGUACGCACUUCUAGUUGAAAUAAACAGUCACAUUAAUUGAAUCUAGAAUUCGAAACAUUCUGAAAAUGUUGGUGAUGAUGAUGACAACAAUGUCAGAUCAGAUGUCAGAAUGCUGUGACUGCAAACCAGCUUCCUUAUAGAUAAAUUUGCACCAACCUCAAACGAUCUAAUGUGAACAGAUGAUGGUUAAAUAUUUCACUUGGUAGCCACCACACAGUUAAUAAGAGCAAAAUCUUCAUAUGUUAAGUGGGUAUGAACGGUUCUUCGCAGUUCUGAGAGAUAGGAGAAAUGCAAUGAGGUUAGACAGUUGGCACUGAAGAGAAUUCUAAACAGAUGAAAGACUUCAGAUGCAUAGAAUGGUUGUGUUAGAA